CGUUGUUGGGAGUUGGGACACCGAUUCCAUGUGGCUGCCACUUUUUUCCUGUUCCUCGACCUAUCUGUUUUGGUCUUUUCCUUGUCCUUUCUGAUCUGUGGAAAAUUUCCUAAUUCCGAAGGAUGCUCAACGAGGAAAAAGGAGACUCCUGCGCCCAGCCUACACAGAUUAUUCUCGCCAAUAGUUGCAUGGAGUGAUUGAUAGUACUCAAACAUGGUUACUGAUGAAUUCUUGAACAAGCUCGAGAGUUACUUAGCCGACCAUAGUUACAUAACUGGUUUUGAACCCACAAAUCACGACAUAAUGAUAUAUGAACUGUUGAAGUGCCCCUUAGCCAAAUACGUCAAUUUGACCCGCUGGCACAAACACAUUGCAAGUUUUGGUGACGCCAAAUUUUCGUUUGUCAGCGGUGAUGGGUUACAGCCCUCCUUCAAUUGUAUCAAUCAAGUGCAAGAAUUCAAAAACGCUGAAAAGAAGGUUCAAAAUGAAAACGGCAGCGCAAAACAAAAGAAAGUCAAGAAAGAGAAAAAAGCUGUUGGUGAUCAAGAAACAUGUUCUGAACUCAAUCCCUGGCCAUCUUAUAUUCAGGAGCGUAUAAAUUUGUGGGAUGCAAUGAAGGAAAAAUAUGUAUCCGAAUUGAAGUCCAAAGAAAAAAGGCCAAUUGUGAUAUCGUUACCGGCCGGUGAUCCCAAAGAGGGAUUGUCGUGGCAAACGACACCUUACGAUAUUGCAAAGCAGAUUAGCCAAGGAUUAGCAGAUGACGCAGUAAUCGCUAAAGUUAACGGCGAACUCUGGGACAUGGAUCGCCCGCUAGUUACAAAUUGUUCACUUGAAUUUUUGAAGUUCAAUGACCCCGAAGCUCAAGCAGUAUUUUGGCAUUCAUCUGCUCAUAUCUUAGGUGAAGCCAUGGAAAGAAUUUAUGGCGGUUGUUUGUGCUAUGGCCCUCCCAUAGAAGGCGGUUUUUACUAUGACAUGUUUAGCCCAGAAAAACAGGUAUCGAAUUUAGAUUUUCCUGUCAUUGAGAAUUUAGUAAAAGGUAUUGUCAAGGAAAAGCAACAAUUUGAAAGAUUAGAAUUAUCCAAGGAGGAUUUGCUUGAAAUGUUCAAGUACAACCAGUUUAAAGUCCGAAUUUUGAAGGAAAAGGUCAAAACGGAUUCCACAACAGUUUACCGUUGUGGACCGUUGAUCGAUUUGUGCCGAGGGCCUCAUGUCCGACACACCGGAUAUGUGAAAUCCUUCAAACUUACCAAGAAUUCAGCUACUUACUGGGAGGGCAAAGCAGAUGCCGAAUCGUUGCAGAGGGUUUACGGGAUAUCUUUCCCAGACAAUAAAAAAAUGAAGGAAUGGCAAAAGUUCCAAGAAGAAGCUGCAAAGAGAGAUCAUCGGAAGUUAGGAAGAGAACAGGAGCUGUUUUUCUUCCAUGAGUUAAGCCCGGGUUCAUGCUUCUUUCAGCCUAAAGGCGCUCGGAUUUACAAUACUUUAAUCGAAUUCAUCAGAUCUGAGUACAGGGAGAGGGGAUUUCAAGAAGUUGUAACGCCAAAUAUUUAUAAUUCAAAAUUGUGGCAAACUUCUGGACACUGGGCUCAUUACGCCGAAAACAUGUUUUCGUUUGAAGUUGAAAAAGAACAGUUUGCAUUGAAACCGAUGAACUGCCCAGGACAUUGCUUAAUAUUUGAUCAUAGAGUGAGGUCUUGGAGGGAGCUUCCCUUAAGACUGGCCGAUUUUGGUGUACUACAUAGAAAUGAGCUGUCCGGUGCUUUGACCGGUCUUACAAGAGUAAGGAGGUUCCAACAAGACGACGCGCAUAUAUUUUGCACAGUAGCGCAAAUUCAUGAAGAAAUCACCCAGGCGUUGAAAUUCCUCCAACACGUCUACUCUGUUUUCGGAUUUACAUUUCAGCUUUGCCUAUCUACUCGACCUGAUAAUUACCUAGGAGAAGUCGAAGUGUGGAAUGAAGCUGAAAAGCAAUUAGCUGAAAGUUUAAAUGAAUUUGGACACCCUUGGAAGGAAAAUCCUGGUGAUGGUGCUUUUUACGGUCCUAAAAUCGAUAUUACAAUCCAAGAUGCCCUGCGUAGAUCCCACCAGUGCGCUACGAUCCAGUUAGAUUUUCAAUUGCCUAUUAGAUUCGGCUUGAAUUAUGUCGCUGAGAACGGAGAGAAAGUAAGACCUGUAAUGAUCCAUAGAGCGAUUCUCGGUUCUGUCGAAAGAAUGAUUGCGAUUCUCACUGAAUCUUUCGCUGGUAAAUGGCCCUUUUGGUUAUCUCCAAAUCAAGUCAUGGUCGUCCCUGUGGCUUCUGAAUUUGAUGACUAUGCAAUCGAAGUGAGCAAAAUGUUACACAAGGCCGGAUUUGUGUGCGAUUAUGAUAUUGAUCGUGGGGACACGAUGAAUAAAAAGAUUCGUAACGCUCAGUUGGCUCAGUACAAUUUUAUCCUUGUCGUCGGUGAAAAGGAGAAAGUGAAUAAAACUGCCAAUGUUAGAACAAGAGAUAAUGUAGUUCAUGGUGAAUUGUUGCUGCCGGAUUUGAUCAAAAAAUUGACUAAGCUGAAAGACUCCAGAAGUAACGAGAAUACAAUUUAAAAUUUGUUCUCGAUACUUUUAUUUAAUUUGGACGGAAGCUCUGGUGAUUUCUUAUUUAUGAAUUGUAUGAAAGUUUCCACUAAUACAUUUUUUUGUUAGUGUCU